AUGGUGGUCUCGACGACGCUCGCAGACGCCGCGAACGCGCUCGCGGCGCGUCGCGGCGACGAGGACGCGGAGACGUUCGAACGGCGCGUGAGGGCGCUUUACGGCGGAGAGACGCGCGAUGCGAUACCUGGACAGUGUGUGCUGGACGUUGACGCGAGAAAUAUCUUGACUUUUGAGCAAGGAAGGUGGGAUUUAGUGCGAAGAGACGUCGUCGGCGUCUUCGGUUCGCGGCUCGGCGGCGCGGUGGCGGAAUUCAUCGACCGCGCGGGCGCGGUGAGCGAUGCGUUCGGGACGAGGAGGAAUUGCGUGAACCUAAAGAAGGUGUUGUUACAUUCGCAAUACGAGAUAGAGGUGUUGGAGAUGCGUUUGCGACGAUUGAUGACAUUUUAUAGAGGAGACUUUGGGCAAGCCUCCGGGUACGUCGACGCGGCGAGAUAUCGCGAGAUUUGCACGGCGAGGGGGCGGUGUUUGGGCGCCGCCAAAGCGAUCUUCGAUGGGCGCGUUUUCACGAAGCAGAUAUGCUGCGUGCCGAGACAUCCAAAUUUGAGUCGUCCGCGUCGGUUGGCGUCGAUGCCACGGUCGUUGGUGACGCACGGAUACGUCGGCAAAGCCGCCGCCGAUGCCGCUCGAAUCGGCGGCGCUGAGUCAUCAUCGGACGCCGUCGAGGAAUCAUUGAAAGAUUUGACCGUCGCGCCGCCGGCGGCGAUGGACGCGCGGGCGAUGACGCCUGCGCUGACGAAAGAUUUCGAGCAUAUCAUGACUCGCGUGCGCGAAGAGCUCAAUCUCCCGGCGCAUUACGUUCGAUUUAUCGAGCUUUCUCUCAUCGCUCGAGGGGCGACGAAGGCGCUCUGGAUUCGAGCCGAACUGAGGGAGUUUUUACGCUUCGCGAAUGAAAUCGCCCAAAACUCUGAGACGCUCGCCGCGAGGCUUCGCAAAGAUCACGCGACACCGGACGAUAUCUUACGCGACGACUUCGACACGAGCGGGGCGAAAAUACCUCCAUCGCGCGAAGCGUUGGACAAACUUCAACGCGCGUGCGUGGUCGACCGAGGGGCGAACGCCCUCGAGGGGGCGGCGCCGGCGCUUCGAGAGACGACAAAGUGGAUCCAGAAGAUCCUCGAUGAGCCCACGAAGGUUUUGUUCGCUUCGGGAGAUAGUAUUAAUACCACGUCGUUCGUGCCCGAUGAUUUCGCGCUGGCCAAGAUCAUCAAUCAGUACACCCAGACGACGCAAAAAUUCUACGCGGGGAUGACGGCGGCGGUCGCCUCGAGCGACCUCGCCGGCGCGAGCGACGGGCGCUUACUCCACGUCACCGGCACCCAUCGUUGCGGGACGUGCGAGCGCUCGUUCUCAAAUUUGUGGGUCACGGCGAACACGUGCAUGGUGUGCGAAGAAACCGCGCGAAACGAAGGGCGCUGUCCCGUGACUUCUUCGUGUCUUCGCGAGGCGUGGUGCCGGCACUCGAGGCGGUGCCUCAAGUGCGAGCGCGAGGCCUCUUGCGAAAUUUGCGGCAUAUCACGCGGCGAUGCCGAGGACGUCGUCCAGCUCGUGGAAACACUCGACGCGUACUGCGUCUUCUUAGAUUUCGACCGCACGAUAUGCGCCACAAAAGCCGGCGCAUCGCCGCUUCCAAAGAACUUCCGCGAGCUCGAUCCCGCGGGGUUGCGCCGGGCGUGCGAGCUCAAGUCGCGAGACGCCGACUUGGUGGGCUUGCUUACCUCGCACGACGCGCGCGCGUUCGUGAUCACGAGGAACUCGAACGUCGAAGCGAUCGAGGUGUAUUUGAAAACACACGGCGUUCGCGCGCCAAACGUCCGUCGCGUGCGUCGAGGCGAGAGCAAAGGCGAGGCCAUAGCCGAGGCGCUCCGCGAGCUCGAGCGGCGAGAGGGCGCGGGCGGUUCGGAGCGUCCGAGCGUGUUCGCAGACGAUGACGUUCGCGAACUCUUGCGCGCGGACGUGCGAGAGAUUAAGGGUUUGCAUCGCGUUCUCUUUUCGCGCGCGUCGUGAUCGACGCGCGCGCGCAUUGUCGUUCAUUCCACUCCGCUCGCGCGCGCGUUCAAACGGGGUUUUCGACGAGACGCGAAAUCCUUCGUUACAAUUGUCUCUAGAAUGACGCAACCUUUCGAAGUUCAAUCGACCGCGGGAACGCUCGCGAAAUCGCGAGU